AUGUUGUUUUUCAGUUUUUUCAAGACCCUUGUUGACCAAGAGGUGACGGUGGAGUUGAAGAACGACAUAGAGAUCAGGGGAACGUUAAAAACCGUAGACCAAUACUUGAAUUUGAAGUUGGAUAAUGUCAUAUGUUUGAAUGAGGACAAGUACCCCCACAUGCAAUCGGUCAAAAACUUGUUUAUCAGAGGUUCCACCGUGCGUUACGUGCACAUGAGCUCCAACACCGUGGAUUGCACAUUGUUGCAAGAUGCGUCAAGGCGAGGUAUGUACAAUUUUUUUGCACUUGUGGUAGCCACCAAUACUAACUUCAGAGGCUAUGGCUCAGUCGGCCAAGUAGGCAUCGAUAAUCCUGUACUAUAUUUGCAAGCAUAUAGCUAUUUUCGUAAUGAAUUCGAGUCGUUAUUGAGUCUUUGUAGACACCGGGCCCUGGAAUGGCCAGUUUGGUGGCAGAAUGAACAGGUUUUCUUUGCUGACUUUUUGGGCUUUGGGGGAUGCGAUGAGCUUUGGUUUGAGCUUUGGUUUGAAUUCUGGCUCUUGGGGCUUAAAGUUGUUAUUUGGUCGAUUUUGUCUACUUUGACCUCGUGA